UUUAACAUUUUUAAUAUUUUAUUUGCAGAGAUAUAAAACCUGAUAAUAUACUGAUUGAUCGAACAGGCCAUAUUAAAUUGGCGGACUUUGGAUCAGCAGCAAAACUUGGAGCUCAGAAGACUGUAUUAAGUAAAAUGCCUGUUGGUACUCCUGAUUAUAUUGCUCCUGAAGUGUUAAUGGCUAUGAAUUCUGGGCCAGCUGCAUCCUCUACAUAUGGAGUGGAAUGUGAUUGGUGGUCUUUAGGAAUUGUUGCAUAUGAAAUGCUGUUUGGCCAUACUCCAUUUAAUGAUGAAAAAGUUCUUGCUACUUAUAACAAUAUCAUGAAUUUUAAAAAAUCUCUGAAGUUUCCAAAUGAUGAAGUUGAAGUAUCUCAAUCAGCAGUUGAUCUAAUUAAAGGUUUACUACAAGAAAGUACUGAACGUUGGGGCUAUGAACAACUUUAUGUAAAUAUAUUCUUCAUUGAUAUUGAUUGGGAUAAUAUCAGACAAAUUCCUCCUCCUUUUGUACCAAAUGUGUCUGCGGAAGAUGAUACUUCUAAUUUUGAUGAUUUUGAACAUGAAACUGCUCGUCCAUCUGCUUCUGAUUUAAAAUCAAAGAACGAGUUCAGUGGUAAAAAUCUGCCUUUUAUUGGAUUCACUUAUUCAUGUUGCAAUACCGUUACAGAGAGUAUCUUGGAGUUGGCGUGCUUUGAUGAUCAUAACCAUUCGAGAAAGGCGUGCACCUCAUUAUCUGUUGUGUAUAUAGCUAGGGCAGUGUUUAGUUUCUUUUUGUCAAUAUUGUGGGACAAUAUUCUGAUUUAAAAGUCCAGAGCAGUGAUGUUGAACCGUUGAUUAUUUCCCUUGACAAUUUGUCAGCCCAGGGGCAUUGUCAUUGGUUCCAAUGAUGUGAUAGGUGGUGAUCAAUGGAGAAUUGAAGAUAAACAGAUAAAGUUGGCCGUAUGAGUAAAAGCACAAAGGAGGAAGAGAAGAGUCUUCGUGCUGCUAAGUUUUAGGCGAUGUAAUCAAUCCCCUUUGGGUGAAGAAAAUCUGUCUUUGAAACUUGGGCUUUUAUUAACAUAGCCUUUCAGUUGAUCAUCCCAAUUGGUUUUGGACCUGUCUUUGUUCUUUAUGUGGUCACUUACCUGUUGCUAGGUGCAACACAAUCUUUAUGUAGAAUAUUGGAGAGGUCAACAUCAAUGUUUAAUCUGAUCUGAACUGGAAAUGGCUGAUCUUAAGAUAAAUAAAGUAACAAAACAAAUGUAAUGUAAAAUAAACAAUGUAUAUCCUUCAUGACUUGUUUAUUGUACAAAAAAAGUAUUUUUGGCUUUCCUUUUUCUUGUUCAAAAAAAUUUUCAAGUAAAUUUACUGUAAAUUUAAAUUUACAUUUGCAUAUUUAAUGUGCAGUAGGGCAGAGAGCUCACUGAGUUCAGUGUUAUAACUCAAUGACCUCUCCAUCCUACUAUACAAUAUUUGGCAUGAGUAUCAAUCUGUAGUAUAUUAAUGUGUUACUUAACCUGUAGAAAAAAGAGAUGCUUUUCAUUCAAUAAUCUAUCCAAUGUUGCCACCAGUAAUUCUUCCUCACCUUCAUGUGCAAUGGGAUUGUCUUUUAUUAUUAAGUUAUAAUGUUAAAUGUAAUGAAAUUUAUAAUAUAUCAUAUUAAUUGUGCAAUUCAACAACAGGCAAUCAAUACUGUCAAAAUAUUUAUUAUUAAUUAAAAAUAUUACACUGAAAGAGAAAUGGGCCAAUUCCAAAUUGUUGCCACAGAGUAGGCAGAGCAUAAUUGUCCAAAAUUGCUUUAUAGCCCUCGGCUUUCAAAGUUCUGAGCACAAAAAUAGAGAGCCAAGACCAAACCACAAAAAACAG